CGUUUUCUGCAGGAAACCGCACACAAACAAAUUGCGCAUUCGUACUGUGUAAUGAUAGUGUUCCUUACUACAGACUGUGACCGUUCAAAAAAGUUUUAGGAGUUAUUUAAAAAGAUAGUGUUCCCACGUUUCUUUUGUUUCGCCCAGUACACUUUGAACUUGCGCAUCACGCCGAAUUGUCUGCGGUGAGUAUUUCAAAGGCUCGCAGUCCUCUGGCUCCUCCCUCUCUGUACCUUGUGACAACAACAAUUCGUCCACAGAGCGAGCUUCACUUUUCGGAUCCUUUUCUUCCUGUCAUUCUCGCUCAAUCUUUGAUCAAUGUACUACAGCGCAGAGCCUAAAUAUCGCAUACCCCAUCUCUUUCAGAAACUCUUUUGAUUGCGAAACAAAUACAACUGGAAGAGCUCGCCCGCUCGGAUUUCUCGUCUUGAUUUCUACGAACACUUUUAUACUCUGUUUUUUUUUUAUACUUUGAACUUAUUCUCACUGGUGACCAUGGCCGUACCGGCUGCUUUGAUCCCCCCAACCCCGUUGGUUCAUCCACCUCCGAUCCCAACUUCUACCGCUACAACCUCCUCGCCCUCGACCGCCUCGUCUCCGUCUCCGUCAAUAGCACCUUCUGGGCAGAGCCUGUUCCGAUCGGAGCUGAUUACCACCAGCAGUCCGGGAAUCCCAGCCGGCACGCUUCCCAGCAAACCCGUGUACUCGACUCCGUCUCCGGUCGAAAACACACCGCAGAAUAAUGAGUGUAAAAUGGUAGAAUUGCGGGGCGCUAAGGUCGCCUCGUUCACCGUGGACGGCUGCGAGCUCAUCUGUCUUCCCCAGGCAUUCGACCUCUUUCUGAAGCACUUGGUCGGCGGACUGCACACCGUGUACACCAAGCUGAAGAGACUGGAGAUCACGCCGGUGGUGUGCAAUGUGGAGCAGGUCCGUAUCCUGCGAGGGCUCGGCGCCAUCCAGCCGGGAGUCAACCGAUGCAAACUCAUCUCGCGGAAGGACUUCGAGACUCUGUAUAAUGACUGCACCAAUGCAAGUUCUCGACCUGGACGGCCUCCGAAGAGGACACAGAGCGUCACGUCUCCGGAGAACCCCCACAUCAUGCCCCACACCGUGCCCGGCCUCAUGUCACCUGGAAUCAUUCCACCCACAGGCCUCACUGCCGCGGCCGCCGCAGCUGCAGCCGCCACCAACGCGGCGAUCGCCGAGGCGAUGAAGGUGAAGAAGAUCAAGUUGGAGGUGAUGAGCAGCUACCACAGCGGCAGCAACCAGCACGGCGCUGACUCGGAGAACGGAGACCUCAACUCCAGCGUGGGUUUGGAACUUCCUUUCAUGAUGAUGCCCCACCCACUGAUUCCCGUCAGCCUACCUCCUGCCUCGGUCUCCAUGGCGAUGAGUCAGAUGAACCACCUCAGCACCAUAGCCAACAUGGCCGCCGCCGCUCAGGUCCAGAUCGCGCCAUCCCGAAUGGUGACCUCCGUUAUCAAGGAACGCGUCCCUGACAGCCCCUCCCCCGCCCCCUCCAUGGAAGACGGGCGGAGGCCGGGGAGCCACGCCUCGUCCCACAGGAGCAGCAGCGUGUCCAGCUCCCCCGCGCACACAGAGAGCUCCUCGGACAGAAUCCCUGUGCACCAGAACGGGCUGUCCAUGAGCCAGGCCCUGCUGGGCCUGUCCCCCAGCAUCCUGCCCGGCCCCAAGGAGGGGGACCUGGCCUGCCACGACCUGGGCCACGACGCCAAGAGGAUACACCUGGAGAAAGAUGACACGCCGAUGUGCACACCCACGGCCAGAGACAGCUACGAGAGACUCGCCCUGUCGGGCCAGACGCUGCCUCCCGGGUUUCCCUCCCCCUUCCUGUUCCCCGAUGGGCUGUCCUCCAUAGAGACGCUCCUCACCAACAUACAGGGCCUCUUGAAGGUUGCCAUCGACAACGCACGGGCCCAGGAGAAGCAGGUUCAGCUGGAGAAGACGGAGCUGAAGAUGGAGCUCUUCAGAGAGCGGGAGCUCAGGGAGACUCUGGAGAAACAGCUGGCCAUGGAGCAGAAGAACAGAGCAAUAAUUCAGAAGCGGUUGAAAAAGGAGAAGAAGGCCAAGAAGAAACUGCAGGAGGCGCUUGAGUACGAGUCAAAAAGGCGGGAACAGGUGGAGCAGACUCUGAAGCAGGCAUCACCGACAGACAGCCUCCGGACUCUCAACGACUCACUGACCCAGGACAUGGAGCCUGACCGCACCAGUGGCAGAGCAGAUGCUGAGAGGACAAUACAAGAUGGAAGGCUUUUUUUGAAAACAACAGUGAUGUACUGAGGCCGCAUUGUGGAGAAAGAAGAUCGAUCAGCGAAAGAUUCCAGAGGGCCUCCCACCUGGUCGACGUGACGACCGAGGCAACCUGCGUUACUUCUGGCUGUUCCUUGGACGUGCGUUUCAGCCGCAGACAGAAGGACGGUUGUGUCUAAAUGUAAAAUUAGAACUGUUUCUCCUACAGACACUGACAUCACAUAGUUAAUGGGAAACCAGGCCAGGCGUGUGUCCUGUGUUACAGGUAUGUGAGAAGGCUCGUGAUUCUGAAGGCUUAGCGAUCGAGCACAGGUGACAGUACCAGGAUCAGCACUGGCAGUGAUAUUUCAAACAAUUACACAGCACUGAAGAUUUUUAUACUGUAUUUAAACCAGCGAGAAAGCUUUGAAAGAGGAAUCUGACUCAGAGUUUCAUGUUUUGUAUUCUUCAGUAAAAAUUAACUAUUAUAGUUAAAGUCCAAAAUUAUCACAAAAAAAGAAGAAAAAAAGUGAGCUUCUUAAAAAGUGGAUUUAACUAUAUGUUGAUAAAAGACACAACUAAUGUUUGAUUUAAAUGUUUUCUAAAUUAGAAGUAAAACAAUCCAACUUCCUUUUUACCAUUGUUGUAUAUACCAGAUCAGAAAUAAGGUUCACUCACUCUAUAAAAAAAAGAAGUUCAUUAAUAUGGUAUGUGUAUAUAAAUUUAAGAGAUGGUAUUGUGUAUGCAGUAGAUCUAUUAGAACAACAAUAGAAACAUUUAUAUUGAAUUUAUAGUAUCGUUUAUUUUCUUUCUGUUAAGCCAUCAUUCUAUCAAAUAGCUGCCAUCUUAGUUGAACGCAUGCAGGCAUGUAAAUGUUUGUCCUGGAGUUGCAACAAUUAAUUAAUUCUGUUUUCUGCUGAAAGCAUAUCUGGGGACGAUACAAUCAAAGUCCAGAGACGUGAGGUCCUGGCUUUCAGUCAUAGGUUUAUGGCUGUUUUUGUUUGGCUCUUUGUUGGCUGUUAUUUGUGUUGUGUAAGUAUGUCAUAUAGGUUUUUUUUUCCCAGAAAUUACCUUACUUAUAAUUCAUUAUUAAGUUAAGGCCAUAUGGCUUUUGCAGUUUGAUAGUGUCACCCAAUUAAAUGUCUGAAAACAGCUGCUGUUAUUUUAUGUAUGUAUUUUUAAUGUUUUAGUUUCAAAAAGAGAACAUUGUGAGUGGUUAUGGCAAUAUUUGACCAUUUAUUCUCACAAUAGAACACUGCUGAUUUUAAUUCACCACCUUAAAACGACUUCCAGAUGUCCAUCAAUCAAGCCACCAUGAGUUUUGGCCUUGUCCACAUAUAAUGAUAUUACUUAUUGAUUAGUGAGUAAAUUUGGUGGUUUUUCUGUGUAACCCUUUUCUUUCUGCUCAUCUUGGUCCACAACAUAAAUCACCAUCCUCCUUGAUGUAGGUUUUAUGCAGACAUGCGCGUUUGAACAUGCAGGAGGUCUGGUCUUUGCUGUACAUUCUCUGUGUAAUGUAUUGUUGAAAAUGGAGUACAAACAGCCAUGUGCUUUGAUUGAAUCUUCCCCUUGAUGUAUCGAUUCAUCCCUUUGACCAACAGGGAGCUCAGCUGCGGUCUGUGUUUUCUCCUUGUGUACUGUUAGGGUGUUUCUUUGUGUAAAUCUAUCUAUCCAUCUCUCUCACCCUCUCUCUCACUCUCUCUCUCUCAGACACUGUCUUUCUUUCUCUUGCCGUUUCUCCCAAUUUCUCUCACUCUGUUUCUCCCCCUCUCUCACUCUCCCUCUCUCCCUCCCUCUCUGUUUCUCCCCCCUCUCUCACUCUCACUCCCUCUCUCUCUCUCUCUCUCUCUCUCUCUCUCUCUCUCUCUCUUUCUGUUUCUCAAGGAAUAAUUCCUCCUCGGUUCACAUCCUGUGCAGAUAACUGGAAAUAGGCCGAUGGCACAUACUGUUAAUAGAAAGUGUUUUUUCAAAUUAUCGGAAACGCGGAAUCUGAGUUGCCACUAAUCUAACACUUUUAACACACGGUUAUAAUGUUUUAAAACAAUGCGAAUGGGACACUUCAACACCUCACCUUUUAAAAAAAAAAAACUAGCUAAAUCUUGUGAGAAAUACAAAGUGAUUUAAAACUGAACAUAAUUUAAGUCUCUGAACAUUUUUCAAAAAGGCUUAGGAAACUCAACAAUACGACUGUAAACACAAAGCAGAUAUUCUCCCGUAGGACCUGAAUGAAGUUUACUUAGUUUACUCUGAGCGCUUAAAGAAAAGGACGUAUUAGAUAGCUGUUCAUUCCCAUAAGUAGGUGGAUAAACUGCAUAGUUUAAAGUCAAUGGAAGCAAAACACAGAGUAAGUUCUUCAAAACAUGGCUCAAUUAUAUCAAUGAUAUAAUUCCCACAGCAUUCUGUUUGAUUCAGGCUACGAGUGAAAUGCAAGCAGAUUCGCUUAUUUUAAAAUGUGUGCUAGCUGGGAAAUAUGGCAUUUCAUAACAAAUCCAAAAUAUGGUUUUGAAGUAGUGUUUCGUUGUUGUGUCAGAACAUUCAAACAGUGUGCUGAAAUGUACUGUAUUAUCUCAACAGUGCAGACUGUAACCAUGUUGAAAUAAUAUGUUAUUUCACUUUUAUUUCACGUUAUUUUUUAUUUUUUAUAUAUAUUUUUUGAAGAGUUAAACCACUGAAGCCUACAUUGGACGAUCAUGCCUUUAAUAAGAGAUAUUAAACAUUUAAAAAAUUUGUUACAUAUUUAUAAAUGGCAUAAUUUAAGAAAUAAUUGCUGAGGAAUAUGCUUGACAGGUCUAACAUUUGUAAGAUUAUGGGCAGCUAUUUUUAUAAUUAUCGUAAUAGUCAUGAUUAUUUUAAUAUUGUUCUCAAAACAUUAAAUUCAUUCACAAUUAAAAAUUGUCAGCCCAUUUAUGUAAGUGAGUCUAAUGAGGCUAGCACGAGGUUUACCUUUUUCAUUUCUAAAAUAUUUAAUUUGUAUAAUGUAUAACGUUACAUGCAGGUAUACACUGUAGUGAAACUUAAGAGCAUAUUGUUCCCCUUUAGUUUGUAUUGCAGUACAGGAAAUUGUAUGAAUAUUUAAAGAAAGGAUGAAAGUUUUGGUUCAUGAGGUUUUUUGUUUUGCCUAUCAUUUCAGUUUUUUUUGUGUGCGUGUGAGUGUGUUUGUGUGAGAGAGAGAGUGUAGGUGUGCUUGUGUGUGUGUGUGUGUGUGUGUGUUUUAUAUACCUUAGUGUAACUCCAUAAUAAAACUAUGUGUAAAUGAGCAUCAGACGUAACUCUUUUAAGUGUAAAUAAAUUAUUUUAUGUGUAAACGUGUAUCAGAGUAAUUCCAGGUAUUGGAAAAAGACUGUAAAGUCAUCAAUAAACUCUGUUUUUUUCUGAGUUCACCUAC